AUGUUGCCCACCACAGCACCUCCCGCCGCCGCCGUCGCGCAACCACCGCGGCGAAGGACCCGGCCGUCCACGAGGACUGGUUCGGUUGAAGGUCGCAGGAGCUGGACGGGGGAAUCGCACUCUUCGAAAGCUUGGGAAGCAGGCAGCUGCACGUCUGCAGGCAUGGCAGCAUGGCCGUCUGAGAACGACGAGCCCAUUGCGUGUCUGGUGGAGGAUGUAGUCCAUGCGCUAGAGCGGCUGGAAUGCCGCAGCGCUGGACAGGACCAAGGGGCAAACAGAUACGCUUUCUCGUUUCACAAUCUCGCGGCCCAGCUCUCACAGCUUCUCCCUCCUACACCAGUUCCCUCUCCGAAUCUCUGGAUCGAGGCGUCCCUGCGCAACGAUGGAACCCCACCACCUUCCUACGACGACAGCGUCGCAGACCUGCCCCCGGACUACACGUCCACGGACGCGCUAGCUACAGCGCAAACGCCUGAAUACACACCGUUUCCUUCUCUCAACGCUUCUCUCUGCUCUGAUGUGUCAAAUUGUCUGCGUAUUAGUUGCAACAUGUCGCCUGCUUCUUCUUUGUUCAUAGACGAGAAAUCGCUGUAUGUGGAUAUUGGCUUUGGCUUCACCGACGACGGAGUCAGAUCUCAUGCGAAGAAAAAGAAGGCCGCAGCGAAGAAGACCACUAAUACGUCCAAUGCAUUUGACGAGCCACCACCAGCGGAAGAACCCCCUCCACCACCAGCUGACGAUCCUCCACCUCCAGCGGACGGAGGAGGUUCAGGGAGCGGUGACGGUGGCGAUGGCGGCGAUGGCGAUAAAGACAAAGACAAGCCCGAGGACGACUGGGCAGAUGGUUGGGGAGAUGCAACGACGAAGAAAAAGAAGAAGACCAAGAAGCAGGCGCAAGAGGAAGAGGCAGAGCGCUUGAAGAAAGAGGAAGAGGAAGCAGCAGCGAAGGCAGCCGAGGAGGAAGCAGAGCGCAUUAAAAAGGAGGAGGAAGAGGCUGCGGCUGCUGCCGCCGCGGAAGCUGAGAAGGCCGCAGUCGCAGCUCCAGAUCUCAGCUGGGCCAAUGAUCCGCCUGCAACUGAUGAUUGGGCCUUUGGUGGAACAACGUCCAAGAAGAAGAAGAAAAAGGGGAAGACGGCGGAGCCAUCGCCUCCACCCCCUCCCGACCCACCAGCCGCGGAAAGCUUCAGCGAUGUGAACCUCGACGACGGUGCACCCACAAUCAACAUGAACUUCGGUGGUUCUGGAGAUAAACCGGAUCUACUUGGCGGAGGUGGUGGGGUUGGUGGGUGGUCAACUGGUUGGGGCACGUCUAAGGGAUCUUCAGGGUGGGGCUUCGAUUCGACAUCGAAAGACGCGUCGAACGACAACCCUUGGGACUCGACAGACAAGAAGAAGGAAGGCAAUGGCUUCGACUUCGAUUUCGACGCGUUCAAGAGUCCAACGGAAGCUGCACCGGCACCUGAACCCGUAGCGGAGGACGAUACCUGGGGCUUUGGUACAACUAAGUCCAAGAAAAAGAAGAAAGGCAGCGCUGCUCUGCUCGAAGAGUCAAUUCCAGAAUCACUACCAGAGCCAGUCCCCGAACCUCCAAAAGCUCAAGAUGACUGGGGAAGUUUCACGUUCGGUGAAAAGAAGAAGAAAAAGAAGAAGGGAGCUGUCGAAGAGGAAGCACCUCCUCUAGGCCCCGAAACAGUUGUCGAGCCAGACCCCGAACCAGUCGUCGAGCCAGAACCCGAACCUGCCCCAGAACCAGAACCGGAGCCAGUUCCUGAAGUUCCAGCUGUCGAUCCGUUUGCCGGCCUCAGCAAGUCGCAGAAGAAAAAGCUUGAAAAGAAGAUGAAAGAAGAAGCUGCGGCCAAAGAAAAGGAAGAGGCUGAGCGCAAAAAGCUUGAAGAAGAGGAAGCUGAACUUAAGCGGAUGGAGGAAGAAGAGGCCGAAGCCAAACGACUUGAAGAGGAAGAGGCUGAGCGCCAACGCGUUGAGGCAGAGGAAGCUGCUGCUGCUGCUGCUGAAGCUGAGGCCGCUGCCGCUGCUGAAGCUGAGAAAAAGAAGGCCGAGUCUGCUCUGGACGAUUGGGGUGCUGUCGCUACUACAUCUUCUAAGAAAAAGAAGAAAAAGAAGGGCGCUGUUGAAGAGGAAGCUCCUCCUCCACCCCCGCCACCGCCUGAACCUGUACCUGAACCAGAGCCUGAACCGGUUGUCGUUGUCGAACCUUCACCCGUCAAAGAGGAAGAGGACCCCUGGGGCGGCGGCUGGGGUGCAGCUGUUGGCACCAGCAAGAAAGAAAAGAAGAAGAAGAAGAAAGGAGCCGUUGAGGAAGAGCCUCCACCACCGCCGCCGCCACCACCUCCACCAGAGCCUGAAGUCGUAGCGGACCCCAUUGAGGUUGUCUCACCGCCUGCUGAAGAUGACGGAUGGGGCGACGAUUGGGGCAUGCCGCCGACAACAAAGAAAAAGAAAGGUAAGAAGGGUGCCAUCGUCGAAGUCCCUGUACCUGAGCCUGUUGUUGUACUCCCUGCCGAGGAAGCUGUUGCAGAACCAGAGCCUGAACCAGUCGUUGUUUUUGAAGAGAAAAAAGAGAAGAAGAAAGAGAAAGAGAGUAGCAGUGACUGGGGCUUCAGCUCAAUCUGGGGCGGUAGCAAAAAGGACAAGAAGAAGACGAGCAGCAAAACCCCCGAGCCAGAACCAGAGCCAGAGCCAGUCGUCGUUGUGGUCCCUGACGUUCAGGAGCCUGUCGCAGUAGAAGAGCCUCUUUUCGAUGACGAUGAUGACUGGGGUGCGCCAUCAUGGAGCAAGGGCAAGAGAAGCUCGAAGGCCGAUGUGCCGGUUGAAGUUGUCGAAGAGUCGACAGAUCCUGUGCAGAAACCGGACGAGGACGAUCCAUGGGGCAGCGCAGCUUUCAACAUUGGCAAGAAAGCCAAGAAGGGCAAGAAGGGCGUUCUUGGAGCACCCACACCUCCAGAACCUGAGCUUCCACCCCCUCUCGAGAUUGAAGCACCUCCCGCAGUCGUCGAAGAGAAUGAUCCGUGGGACUUCGGCACUACUUCAUCCAAGAAAAAGAAGAAGAAAGGUGAGUCUGCUAACGAGCUUACCAAGGCGACUUCGAGGGACUCUGCGACCAAGUCCGCCACCGAAGACCUGCUCGGGCUCGAUGACCCACCUCCAGAGGUUAUAGAGGAAGCGCCCGUCGAGGACAAGAAAGAGAAAAAAGACAAAAAGAAAGAAUCGAAGUCCACGAGCAUGUGGGGCGCUUUCGCGUCAUCCUCGUCCAAGAAAGAGAGCUCUUCCGAUAAGAAAAAGCGAGAAAAGAAAGAAGCUAAGGAGGCUGAAGAGGCCGCAGAGAAGGCGCGUCUCGAACAAGAGGAGGCUGACCGUCUUGCCGCUGAAGCUGCUGAGGCUGAAACUGCUGAGAUUGAAGCUGCUAAGGUUGAAGCUGCUAAGGUUGAAGCUGCUGAGGCUGAAGCUGCUGAGGCUGAAGCUGCUGAGGCUGAAGCUGCUGCUGCCGAGCAAGCUCGUGUUGAAGCUGAAGAAGCUGAGCUCGCCCGCAUUGCGACCGAAGAGGAAGAGCGGAGGAAAAAAGAGGAAGAGGAGGCAGCAAAGAGCUCGGGCUGGGGCAGCAGUAUCUGGGGUUCCUCGAAGAAGAAAGAGACUACGAAGGAGCGCAAGGCCCGGGAGAAGAAGGAAGAGCAAGAGCGGCUGGAACGAGAGGCUAAAGAGGCUGAGGAAGCGGCAGAGAAGGCAAGGCUCGAGCAGGAAGAGGCUGAUCGUGUUGCAAACGAAGAAAAGGAGAAGCUUCAGAGUGAAGCCAAAGAAGCAGCGGAAGCAGCACUGGCAGCUGACGAAGCUCGACUCGACGCCGAAGAUGCUGCACGAAUGCUCCGAGAAGACUUCGAGGCGACAUCCGGUCCACCAUCCAAGAAGGAGAGUACGAAGGCUAAGAGAGAGCGCGAGACCAAAGAGAAAAAAGUGAAGAAGCAGAUCGAAAAGUUGGAACAGGAUGCUGCUGACGCUGCAGAUGCCGCCACGAAAGCUCAAGAGAAUGCUGACAACCUCGAGGCUGAGUGCGUCGUGGCCGGAAUUGACACUGCGUUCUUGAUGGAGUUCAAGAGGAAGCCUGAACCUGUCGCUGAAGAGGCACCACCACCGCCACCUGAGGAGGAGGCACUACCACCGCCACCUGAGGAAGAGGCGCCACUUGCUGACGGGCCUGCACCUGCGCCAAAUGCCGAUGACGACCUUUGGAACUCCGUCAAGGACAUCCCCGAGGAUGAGCUUCUUGCCGAGCUUGGUGAGACCAAGACCACAUUGCCAACGAAAAAGGAUGACGGUGGUGGAUGGGGAAGCGCGUGGGGCAUCUCACUGCGUAAGACGAAGAGAGAACCUGAACCUGAGGUCAUUCCAAAACCAGAACCAAUCGCUGAACCUGAACCAGAACCUGUGGCCGAACCAGAACCGGAGCCCGUCGUGGUCGUUGAGGAGCCUGUGUUGUCCGCUAAAGAGUUGAAGAAGCUGGAAAAGGCAAAGAAAAAGAAAGGCAAGCUUGUCGAACCUGAACCUGAACCUGAACCUGAACCCGUGGUUGUCCCUAAAUCUGUUCCUGAGCCCGUUGUCGAACCGGAACCGGAACCUGUCUUUGAAGAUGCUCCUGAACCUCCACUACCUCCGCCAGUUGAGAUAAUCGAGGCUACACCCAAGAAGGACAAGAAGAGCAAGAAGUCCAAAAAGUCGAAAUAUGAGGAUGAGAUCGUCGCCAUCGAAGAGCCUAUUGCUGUACCUCCACCUGCGGCCAGAAGGUCACCCAUUCCAGGCGGCUUCCCAAUGGAUGAUGAUAUGCUGAUCGAUCUUGGCAGCUCUGAACCACCUCCACCACCGCCGCCGCCGCCAGCUGAACUGGAACCUGAGGUCUUCCCUGAGAUGAUUCCCGAACCUGAGCCGGUUGUCGUGGAAGAACCAGUUGUGGUCCCUGACAAGAAAUCGAAGAAGUUGAAGAAAAGCAGCAAAUCCUCGAAGUCAACGCCGGUGGUCGAAGCACCACCGCCUCCACCGCCACCGCCGGCGGCUGCUGAGCCUGAUGAGUUCGUGGAUGCUGAAGCGGAACCAGCAGAGGUUGUGAUCCUGGACAGUGCACCUGUCGAUCGUGAGGUAGUGCUGGACGAUGAUCUGCUAGAUGCUGAAGAUGCUCCAGCUAAGCUUCCCACGCCACCUCCUGAGAAUGAUCCGGAGCCGGUCAUCAUGGAGUCACCAAAGAAAGAGCGUGCAAAGGUCGUUCGCAGCGGCACAUCUGGUUCAUGGGGAAUGUGGGGUGCAGCACCACCGUCUAAGUCAAGAGGAAGCAGGAAGAAGUCCCGUGAUGACAGUGCAAGUAGCGCUGCUAAGCCGAGCAUGAGUCGCUCGAAGUCUGCGCGCACUUCAUCGACCAGGGAUCGAGAUGUCAUGUCCAAGUCGUCUGGUUCUGACAAGAUGUCAAAGACGCCAUCUGCCACGCGAAGCAAACCUCAACGCGCGUCCACAGGACUCGGCCAGCUGUUCGGUGCCUCGGCCUUUAGCACUGCACCAGCACAUCCAACAGUGUCUCGCUCUAAGUCACAUCGAACGUCUGCGACUCCCAAGAUGCUCUCUCGCCGAAACUCGAUAGACCGCGACGCUGCAAUGAUGUCGCCGCCGCAAACCGACACCGACAUGAAGUACUCGUCGAAGGCUGACAAAGUAUUGGGCAGGGAGAAACCAUCUCGACGGUCAAGCACCAGAGACAAGGGCAAGUCCAGAGCUGUGCCCGACCCGUACCCUCUUGAGGACGACCUCGUGAUACUCGACGACUCUCCCACACCUGUGCAAGAACGGCCAGAAACAAAGCGUCGCAAGUCGAAGCGCGGCUCUGUGCAGCCCGAGGAACCCAUCACAGCGCCGCCUAGCGCCGACGACCCUGUCAUUGUGGAUCCCAUGGAUGUGGAGCCCGCCCCAGUUGAGGCUGAGCGCAAGCCCCGCCGCGAACGCGAACGCGAACACUCCCGACGCGAACGAGCACCGUCCAUGGCGAAGGACGCGCUGCCCACGCUGGCUGGCGUCGCCGGCACUGCUGCCGCCGUCAGCGGCCUGAAGAGCAUGUUCGCCUUCGGCCGCAAGAAGAGCGCGCCGACGCCUGACGAGGACCCGCGCGACCGUCGCAGGGCCUACGAGACCGAAGAUGAGCGCAGACGGCGCAAGCGGUCCACGAUGCGCGGUGACGUUGACGACGACGAGGCUAAGCGCCUGCGACAUGAGCGCCGCAGCGUCCGCCGGGAGCGCGAUGAGGCUGACUACAUGGCCUCGGGCGCAAAUGGCAACGGCAGCACCGAGUACGACGCUGAGCGCGAGGCACGACGAGCUGAGCGCAGAGCCCGCCGAGAGCGAGAUGGCGACAAAGGCUCUCGCCGGCCUGAGCUGGAGGAGGUCGAUGCCAAGGCCGAACGACGCCGCGAGCGAGAGCGCGAGAACGAGGCAGCCAUCCUCGCGCAGAAGAAGGCGCGCCAGAUGGCCGAGCUCGAGCGACGCAACAAACAGGCCGAAGAGGAACUGCGACGCAUGGCCGAGAAGGAGGAACGCAAACGCAUACGCGCCGAGCGCAAGAUGAGCACCGACGACCGCGAGCACCGCUCCUCCCGCCGCAAGGACAGCCAGCGCGAGCCCUCCCGCCCGCGCAAUGAGCGCCGCCGCUCGCACCAAGCCGAGACCGAAGAGGAGCGUCGUCGCCGCCACGAAGAGCGCCGCGCCGCCCGCCGCGCCUCCGAGUACCCAGCACCGCCCGUCAACGGCACCGGCGAGCCCAUCACCGACUACUUCGACGCUCGCAACGCCGACGCCGGCGACUCGGGCCACCGCUCGAAACACCGCAGUUCACGCCGCGGCGCCGACGACGAACAGCACCAGCCGUACCUGAACAAGGGCCCCGACAAGACGUCCUCGUGGGUCCAGUCCCUCUCCGACGACAACCCGCUGCCUCCCCCCAUCGCAGAGACGAUCCUCGAUCCCCCGCCUGGUAGCCGCGAUGCCCCCGGGCUAGAUGACGAGGAGACGCCGAGCCAAGAUGAGGAUAUCCGGCUGCGCAUCGCCGGGCGCAGGGGUCCUAAGCGCGAUCAAGAGCGGGCUGAACGACAUGCUGAGCGGAACCGCGAGCGUGAUCGUGAGCGCGAUAGGAAACAGCAUCGCAGACGGUCUUACCAUGAAGAGGACGAGGAGCCGCGGAGUAGCAAGAGAGAUGGUAGGAGGAAGACGUAUGAUCAGUAUAAUGAGCAGCCGGUGCGGACGUGGGAUGGGAGGCCCGAGGGCGAGACGCCGAGGGGUGUCAAGAGGGGGAGUUGGUUGAAGAAGAUCGCUGGGUUGGGUUGA